AUGCUGAUCUCACAUCCUCAACAAACCCCUCAUACAUUUGCUAUUAAUACAAAGCCUUAUCCUACAAACACAUCCUUACUCAACCUUUACAUUCACAAAUUCAAGAUGUCUUCUGCCCCGGGGUUUAUCAAGUCUAACGGGUCUGGUAAAUUUACCGCUGAAUUCGCUAUCGACGAUGGUGUGUACAUCCUUUCGGGCACCGUCAACCCGCCAACUCAGCCUUUCCAAAGCAACUCUGCGACCUUGGAAUAUAGCUCUGUUGAUAACCUCCAGGGGCCUCAGCAGUUCACCGGAAUUAUCGGAAGUCGCAACGAGGCCUCAUUCACGUUUAGCGAUGGCACCGCGAUCAAGGGGCCUCUUGAUAUUCCGGUGAAUCCUGCGUCUCAAGUUAGUGGAAUGGGAUUCUGGUCCCAGGGGUAG